AAUAGCCACUGGAGUUUAUUGAGGGGAAAACAUGUAUCAUACACCUGUUUGCUUUUCACAUUUAAAUGGCUUCCUUGUUCUGUUUUAAAUCUAGCAGAUUUUAAUAGCAUCUACCCACCUCUUAAGACUGCUGUGAGGAUAAAAUUAGUUAUCUGUAAAGCACUUUGCAAACUUUAUUGUGCUACAUACUAUUAUUAAGAACCAGUCAUAAAGAAAGUAUCAUCUCUCCCCCACAAGAAAAGGAGAUAUCGUUGAUAAAUCGACAUAAAAUAUUUUUCAGCAGCGGUGGUUUCAGCCGGUAUCAUCCCAUGGGGGCAAUUUAGCCUCAUCACGUGCUUCAAGGACUUCCGCCCCUCCCCCUCCCUGAACUACAGUUUACUAGAUGCAAGACUGAGCCUGUCCCACCCGGUCUAAGUUUCCUGGUGUGUACAAUGAGAAUCAGAAGACCUCUAAGCGCCCUUCCGCGCUCUUUCUAGGAAAACCUUUUCCAAAGGCUGAUCAAUACAUUCCUUGUCAUUCAUAAGAGAGGACCAAAAAGCAGCUAAAACUCUGAAACAUAUAGAGUCAAGGAUUCUAUGGGAUACGACUGGAAGUACCGGCUAAUAAUCGGAGUUUAUAAUUGGCCCGCCCCCUGCGCUCUCAAGAGUGGCUCGCCCCGCUCCUCGUGACUUUCAAAUCCCUCCCACGGAGGGCCCUCCCUUCAAGCCGAGCCUCUUCUCGGAUUUCCCCCAAUAAAACUCGGGCUUCGCCUUUCACGAACUCCGCAGGCUCCGCCCCAUCGCCCUCGGCCUCAGGCGGAGGGACUGCGUGGGCCGAAUCAGCUCGGCGCGAAGGUGUCGAGACUCCGCCUGCCGCUCGCAUCCGUGUAAACGUUACCUCUGGGCGACGAGCCAAUCAGAGCCGUCGCCCACAACUCCUCGCGAGAGGUGAGGCUGAAGCUUCCUCCGCCAUCUUGGAGAUGGGAGCAGACGGGCGAUGGCUGUGAUCCUGCUAAUGCAAACAACAAUAAAGGCGCAAUAAAAGCGCCCUGGAGUGAACCGAAUCUUCUCCGCUCCAGCCAGCCGCCGCUAAAGAGGGGAACGGAGUGUCUAGGUCAGGUGCGCGGUGGCAGUGGCAGCAGCUACUCCUGCCCGCCCCUACGGCCCAAAGCCGGAAGGAUGGUGCAGUCCUGCUCCGCCUAUGGCUGCAGGAACCGCUACGACAAGGAUAAACCCGUUUCCUUUCACAAGUUUCCUCUUACACGACCUGAUCUCUGUAAAAAAUGGGAGGCUGCGGUCAGAAGAAAAAACUUUAAACCCAGCAAAUACAGCAGUAUUUGUUCAGAACACUUUACUCCAGACUGCUUUAAGAGAGAGUGCAACAAUAAGCUACUGAAGGAGAAUGCUGUGCCCACGAUAUUUUGUUUUACUGAACCACAUGACAAGAAUGAGGACCUUCUGGAGCAACAAGAACAGCUCCCACCCCCUCCUCUAACCCCGCCUGUUUCCCAAGUUGAUGCUGCUCUUGGAUUAUUGAUGCCACCUCUUCACACCCCUAAUAAUCUUGCAGUUUUCUGUGACCACAACUACACUGUAGAAGAUACAGUACAUCAAAGGAAAAGGAUUCAGCAGCUCGAAGAACAAGUGGAAAAACUCAGAAAGAAGCUCAAGACUGCACAGCAGCGAUGCCGAAGACAAGAGCGGCAGCUAGAAAAGCUCAAGGAGGUUGUCCAGUUUCAGAAAGAAAAGGACGCAUUAUCUGGAAGGGGCUAUGUGAUUCUACCCAAUGACUACUAUGAAAUAGUAGAAGUCCCAGCAUGAAAACAUCUGCACAUAUUAAUGGGGCAGGAUUCCAGGGCCUCUUCAGACAAACCGGAGAGUCAUUUGAAAAAUUAAGCAUUCUUAAUCCUUAUGUAAAAGCACUUCAGGACUUUAAGAAAAUAAAAUUUACACGUAAUGUUAAAAUGUAAAGGUUUUUGUCCAUAGUAAUUUUAGUUUUUUUACAAUUUGACAAAUUUUAAAAGUUACAGACUAACCUCAGAGUGACAUUAUAAGUUUAUAAUACCUGUUUUAAGAUAGAAGAUUUGGGUUUUUCUAUUUUUAAUAUUUAUAGAAAAUAGUGUAAAAUCUGAAGUGAUAAAAAGGUUUCAUGCAGUAAAAAUGAUGUAAGUCUAAAAUGAAAAAUUAUUGCAAUAUGUUGGUUGUAAGAACUGGUGAUGAUUUGAUUAGAAAGUAUGGGUCAAAUCAUGGAACAUUCUUUGUCAGAGUAAAUUGACCAUAUUUUUAAAUUUAGAAGUUUAUUCUCUCUGCAUCAACUGGCCAGGCUGUUCUUUGUGUAAAAGCUUUAGUUGUCUCUGGGGAGAAAAAUAUUAAAAUGCUUUCAGAUUUGACAGUUAAUUCUCUUCUCCAUUCUCUGCAUACUUUUGCCUAAAAUUUUUUCAUUCUGAUAACCCAAGAAUUUUUCAGUAUUGGUAACCUUUGCUUUUCAGGUAGAUACAUUCUAGUUCUGUUUAUUAUAAAAUGAAUUUCUUAAGGACUCUGCUUAUUCUUCUGUACCCCACCACCCUACCCCCUUGAUUCCUACAUUUAUAUAAAGGGAAAAUUUUUUCAGUAAACUUAAAAGGGUUUUGGCUAGAUAAGGAUAAAGAUGGUAACUAGAUCCAUGGCAUGUCCUUGGAUUAUUUCUCAUCCCUUUUAGGUUGGUUUUUUUAAUGUGUUAAUAGUGCUAAUCAGUAAUAUCAUACUCCAGUUAGUUCUCCAUUUUAUGGAUUAUAACCUAAAAUUUCUUUUAAGUUCCUUUCAAACAAAAAUGAAUUUUUAAAAAUUUCCUUUUUUAUUAUAACAGUAGUGAUAAUAACAGCUCACUUUCUUAUAUAGCACUUUAAGGUUUACAAAGUAUAUGUUUCUCAGUAUAAGUGCUAAAUUUUUUAGAGAACAUUUUCUAAAAAUAUGGGGAAAUAGGUUAAAAAAUAAUCUAAUUAAUACUUCAUUUACCAUAUUAUUAAAUGUGUUUUAUCCACCAAGGUUCUUAGUAGAACUUUUUUUUUUUAACCCUUACCUUCCAUCUUGGAAUCAAUACCGUAUAUUGGUUCCAAGGCAGAAGAGUAGUAAAGGCUAGGCAAUGGGGGUUAAGUGACUUGUCCAGGGUCACACAGCUGGGAACUGUCUAAGGUCAUAUUUGAACCCAAGACCUUCCAUCUCUAGGCCUGGCUCUCAAUCCACUGAGCUACCCAGCUGCCCCCCUUAGUAGAACUUUGAAGAACUGAAUUCCAACUCAGAUUUGCCGAAAUAAGACAGACCAUUCCAUAAGAAGAGUGGGAGGUGUAUUCCUGGGCAGCCAAAUCUAUCAGCAUAUAUUUAUUAAGCACCUGUUAUGUGCCCAGCACUGUACUGGCAAUAUAAAAACAAAAAUUAAUUUCCCACCCUCAAAGAACUUCCAUUUUAUAUGAGAAAGAUUUAUAUGUGUCUAAGCAUGUAAGAGACACAAAGGAUUAAAAAAUUUAAGACACCCUCCACAACUUUACCAUCCUUUCCUAGAGCCAUCCACCAGGUCCCUGUCAGGUAAAUAGUAAUGAUAAUCUCUGGCAUUUAUCUAGCUAGAAUGCCAGAUAUACCUGCAUUUGAAACCAAAACGUGUUCCAAACUACUGCUCACAUGGAAAAUGUUUAUUGGUCUUCCAUAUUUGAUAUUUAAAAACAUUUUCAAAGUACAUUAAAUAUUGACCCUAUUAUAGGUAGAGCUGGAUUGGAUAACUUCAUUAAUGUAGAAAAGUUAGACGUUGAAGGAACUUCCCACGUCACCAGUUCUCUGUCCAGGGUCAGACAGCCAGGCCAGCUCUGUGCCCUCUGCCACACGGCUCAGUUAAACUACAGGAAUCGGAGUCUAAGGGACUUUUCCUGGUCUCCCCUUUUGGACCCUUUUGGAUUUGCAAUGGCUUAAUUUUUUUCAAGAAAUUGAAAAAACAAAGUAUUAAAAAUUGAGUACUUGAACCCUAUUUAUGAUUUGCCAAUAGCUAUAACUUCAACAUUACUUUUCAUCUGAAAUUCCGGAAACUAUCUCUGGCCAUGCAUGGCCCUUGGGGCUAUUAAUGAAGUCUACACAGUUUUUGCUCUCCUGUGUUCCCCCAGCAAUUGUUAAGAAUAAAUCAAUGAAUGAUUUAUUCUCUUCUUUACAUUAACUUGAGGUUGUUUCAAUGCAAAAAUCUAUCGCUCUAUUUUCAGUCAGUAUUUUCUCUCAAACUUCAAUUUCAGUUGUGGCUAAAUAUUCAAUUUAGUGUAGAGAUUAACACUAUAAUGGCAUAGCAUUUUAUUUUUAACAAUCUUGCUUUAUCAGAAAUUAGUACCAAUUUAGAGAAAACUGAACUUUUAAGGCCUAUUUAUCUUUAAAAUCUGUUAGUAGAUUAUUGCAGGGGUUCUUAACCUUUUUGUGUUAUGAACCAGACCCCUUUACUAGCCACCAGCUUAUGGACCCCCUACUUGGAAUAAUGUUUUUCAAUGCACAAAAUAAAAUGCAUAGGAUCUCAAAGGAAACCAAUGACAUUGAAAUAGAGACAUAAAAAUAUUUUCCAAUUGAACAAGUUCAUGGAUCCUUGUCUAACUUCUGAUUGAGAGGAUAAAUUUGGAGUUUAGCUGAUUAUUUCUGAUUCGAAAUAACUAACUUUUAAGGUAAAAAUUGUUCGUGUAAACCUUGUAUUAUUGAUGUCAAAAAGAGUAGAACUUUUCAUCUGGAAAGGCUUCUCUAAAAGCACAUUUGGACAAUUUGAGGAGAAGACCAAAAUGAUUUGCAGAAUGUCUUAGAAAGAGAUUGAUUCACUUGUGGUGGUAGUUACAUUCCUAUAAUGCCUGCUACUGAGGGAAACUGAUGCUGGUGGAUCAUUUGAAGCUUCAGUAGGGCUAAAGCCAAUGGAUCAGGAAUCCACGCUAAGUCUGGUACCAAUAUCAGGAGAGGAGGGCGCCACCAGUCUGUCUAAGGGCAGACACGGUCAGGAAUGAGUCAGAAUUCUAAUUGAUCAGUAGAGGGAUUGACUUAUCAGUGGAUAUAGCUCUUCCAGUUGGACAAGAUAGGUGGGCUCAGUCGCACUAUUUCUAUUAUGUUCCAUGGACUGUACAAUCCUAGAAAGGGCCAGUCGGAUGGGUCCUAGUGAAUAUAUAGUUAAUUUGUAUGUUUCAGUAUCAUUUGAAGGUAAGAAAUUUGAUAAAAAUUGUAACAAUCCAUUUGAAUUAAACUUGCCCUUUAUAAUCCUUUAUAAUUAUUUUGCCAGUAGACCCUCUCAUUAUAAUGCAAAGCUCAAAUGAACAUCUUCCAGAUGAGUCUAAAUCAAGGUUUCACUGUAAUCCAAUUUAGAAAAGUUUUAACUGUUUACUCAGUUCAUGUUAUAUAUAUAUCCAAAAAAUUAUUUUUUUGUCCCCUUAUGGGAAGGAAACAUGUUAAAGUUUGUCAGGUGAUUGGCCAAUUCUUUUUGAGGGAAAAGGGAGAUAGUUUUAUUUUUAAAAAAUGUUCUUAACAAGGCAAUCAUGUGAUUUCUUUCUACAUGAUACCAUGCAAUGAUGGUGAAGCCAGAUGAGACUUAAUUUGGUUUAAUAGUUUACAUUUCUGGGCAUAUUUUAUUAUAUAUUUUAAAACAGCAAUUCCUCAGCUUCCCCCAAAUCCUCUUUGCCAUUUUUUAAUUUUGAUGUCUUAAAAGAGAUUUAUUUAACAAUCUGUAGGGCAUUCCAGAUUUUUAAAGGAAAGAUGUCACCAGUUAGUAACAUCAACAUCUAUAAAGCAAGACCCAAGCCAGAUAUUGCUGCUUUGUUGCCUGUCGUGCUUUUUCUAGGGGCUUUGUGAAAGUAAACAGUCUUUUUUGAAGAGUCCUGCCCUUAGUUUAACUGUAUUAUUUCAAGUCAGUAUUGUGUAUAGUGCUAUGGUUAAGUAUUUUAAAAUGUUCAUGUGAAAAUAAAAAUGCCAAAGAACUUGCACAGUGGUUUAAGAAGUGAAGAUGGACCAUAUACAAAAGGCAAAAUCAUUGCACUUAGUGAUAAAUACCCCUUUUCAAGACUAUGUGGGAUUUGACCUUGGAAAAUUUUAUUUAUGUGAAGGAAUCUUAUGAAUUAUAAAUAUUCUUUAAAGGUAUAACAACCUGCUGACAAUCUUAAUUUUAUUAAUUAUUCUACCAUCUUGAUGUUUUAUACUUCCUGUCUUAGUUAUUAAGCCAAGAUUUCAUAAUUAAUAAACACUGCUAGCAUUGUGCCAGAAUCAGUGAAAAUGAAUAAAAGUGUCUUAGGUGAUAAAACAUUGUUGCUGACAAA